AUGAAGCUGGAGAUCUUCGCGCCCCGCUACGAGGACAAGCUGAGCGGCAGCGGCAGCAGCGGCGCGGCGUCUCCGCUGGACGCCGAGAGCGAGCUGGGCUCCGACGGGGACUGCGCGGCCCUCAGCCCGGCCAGCGGCGCCUCCUGCGGGCCGGCCUCGGCGCCUUCCCCGGCCUCCGCCGCCGCGCUGCCUCCGUCGUCGGGGGGCGGCUGCUGCAAGGCGCCGUCGUCGGGGCCGUCGGGGGGGAAGCCGUACACGCGGCGCCCCAAGCCGCCCUACUCGUACAUCGCGCUCAUCGCCAUGGCCAUCCGCGACUCCGCCGGGGGCCGCCUGACGCUGGCGGAGAUCAACGAGUACCUGAUGGGGCGCUUCGCCUUCUUCCGCGGCGCCUACACCGGCUGGCGCAACUCGGUGCGCCACAACCUCUCGCUCAACGACUGUUUCGUCAAGGUGCUCCGCGACCCGGCCCGCCCCUGGGGCAAGGACAACUACUGGAUGCUCAACCCCAGCUCCGAGUACACCUUCGCCGACGGCGUCUUCCGACGGCGCAGGAAGCGGCUGAGCCGGCCCGGCCCCCCGGAGCCCGCCUCCGCCCCGGUCUCUCCGAGCUCCGGCGCCGACCAGAAACCCCCGGCUGCCGCACCGGAGCCCGCCUCCACGACGGCAGCCUCCUCCUCCGCCUCCCCGCCAUCGGGCUCCAAAUUCAGCAGCUCCUUCGCCAUCGAGAGCAUCUUGAGCCGCCCUUUCCAGCCCGCCGAGCGGCAGCAGCAGCAGCAGCGGCAACGCCCCCAGACGCCGGCUGCAGAAAGGACCGUGCUGUGGUCCGCCCCGUCGGGCUACCCGCGCCUGCUCCCCUCGCCUGCCCUCUCCUACGCGCUCCUACCCCCCUUCCAAACGGCGGCCUCGCCUCUCUACCCCUUCGCGCGACCCGAUCUCCCCCUGGGGCUCGAAGGAUCCCGGAGAGAGCCGCUCGCCCCCCGCGACCCCCAGCUGCUCUUCCCUGCCAAGGCGCCGUCGGAAGCCCUGCCGGGCCUCCCGCUCGGCCUCUCGCCCUUCUACUGCCCCCUCCGGCUGCCCGCGGCACUGCAGCAGGUCGCCUCCUACCGGCCCUAUCCUGCCGAGACCCCGCCGGUGUGA